AUGCCCAAAUUUCUACAAUGGUCCGACGAGGAGACUGUGAAGAAGACAAAGGAGGAUUUUGAAUCUAUUUCUGGAAUACCAAACGUGAUUGACUCCAUGUACACUACCCAUAUCCCAAUUAUUGCUCCCAAGAUUAGUGUGUCUGUGUAUUUCAAUAAGAGACACACAGAGCGUAACCAGAAGACUUCUUAUUCGAUUACAGUUCAGGGGGUUGUUGAUCAAAAAGGGGUUUUUACAGGUGUUUGCAUUGGGUGGCCUGGUUCAUUGCCUGAUGAUAAAGUUCUUGAGAAAUCUGCUCUAUACCAAAGGACUAGUGGAGGGCUCUUGAAGGGAGCUUGGAUUGCUGGGAGUUCUGAUUAUCCUCUAAUGGAUGGGGUCUUGGUGCCUUAUACUCACCAGCAUCUCACCUGGAUCCAACACACCUUCAAUGAGAAAAUUGGGGAAAUUCAACGCAUCACUAAAGAUUCUUUCUCGAGAUUGAAGGGAAGAUGGAGCUGCUUAUAG